AAAAGAUUAGUGUAAUCAAUAAAAAAAGUUAGUUAGAUUUAGUUUUGGUACGAAGGUAACGAAAUACCACAGCUACACCAUGGAACCUUCGCCUCAAGAGCCUGCUGGCCCUGCACCUGAGAGCUCGGGGACCUCCCCCGAAGCGGUGGUCAUAUCAGGCUUGUCUGGAUUGUUACCUGAUUGCGCAAGUUAUUCAGAGUUUUGCGAAAAACUCUCCCAAAAUGAAAACCUUAUAAAAGCUAACCCACGCUGGAAGAACUUCAAAUUCCCCGGGUUGCCAGAACAGUACGGGAGAGUCUCCGGCGUGGAUCGAUUCGACGCUCAAUUCUUCACCGUGUUCUACGCUUUGGCCCACGAUAUUGAUCCUUUGGCAAGAAAAAUUUUCGAACAUACUUAUCAAGCAAUUUUCGAUGCUGGAAUCUGCCCAAUUGAAUUGUGGGGAAAAAAUAUCGGAGUAUUCGUUAGUAGUGGAUUUUGCGAGUCGGAGUCAGUUGCCUUCCUCACUUCUAACCGCAGAUUAGCGGUUCUAGGGUACAGUAAAUCAAUGACUGCAAAUCGCAUAUCGUACUGGCUGAACCUAAAAGGGCCGUCAAUCCACUUGGAUGGUGGUGGUUGUGGUGGUUUGCUAGCUCUCGAGAAAGCUAGAGAAGCCAUCAUAAGAGGUUACUGCGAAGCGGCCAUAGUUGGUGUUGGAAAACUUAUUCUGCAUCCUCACACACCAAUUAACCACAGGUCGAUGCCGCUAAACAUUGAUGGCAUUACUAAAUGUUACGACGAUGCAGCUAAUGGCCCUUCGUUGUCCGAAGCUUUUAAUGUUUUCUUUAUGCAGAAAUACAAAGACGCAAAAAGAGCUUACGUUGUGCUUCGCCACGUGAAAGCAGAAUUCAUGUCAGGCAACGAUAACAUUUCGAUGGAGCAGUGCGAAAUUAUUCAAAACAAGGAAGUUCUUACGAAUUUUUUAAACAAAUUUUAUGAAGAAGCUGGAGUAUCGCCAGCGAACGUCGAGUAUAUUGAAGGAAAUGGAGCAGCUGUACCUAAGAUGGAUAAGAUGGAACUUCAAGCCUUGGAAAACGUUUUCUGCAAUGACCGCAUUAAUCCCCUGCUUGUGGGGAGCGUGUCUUCUAAUUUAGGCUACACUGAGUGCGUUAAUGGUACCUGUGCCAUACUCAAACUCAUUUCCGCAUAUCAAAGAGGAGAAUUACCUGCAACAAUAAACUGUACAAACCCUAGGAGUGAUAUAGCUUCCUUACACGACGGACGUAUGAAGAUCGUUACGGAGAACAUAAAAUUUAACAGGGAAGCCUACACAGCGGUGAAUAGCUUAAGCCAUACAGGAAUCAAUGGGCAUGUUCUCCUACAAGGUUGCUACAAGCCAAAGGAGCUUUCAAAGUACGCAACAAAUAUCCCGUACCUAGUGACCGUAUCCGGUCGGUACGAGGCUUCUGUUCAAAGAAUUUUAGAUCACAUCAAAGAUAAACCAUUGGAUCCCGAGGAGAUAGCUUUGAUUCACAACAUCCAUAAAAAUCGCAUAUCGAAACACUUGGCCCGAGGUAUUGGUAUCUACUCAACAAAAGACAAUAAAACUAUCACCCAUUGUUUAAUGGCAGACAACUACGAUGAAAUCUCAAGACCCUUGUGGUACGUGUACAGUGGGAUGGGAUCGCAGUGGAUCGGAAUGGGUCGUAGUCUCAUGCUUAUCCCAAUAUUCAACAAAGCCAUUCAAAGAUGCCACAACAUUCUCGAACCUAAGGGAAUAGAUCUAAUUCAUAUUUUAACUAGCACUGAUGAGACCAUCUACGAUAAUAUUUUAAAUUCCUUCGUUGGUAUAUCGGCCGUACAAAUAGGACUAACUGAUAUCUUGACUGCGGUCGGAUUGGUACCUGAUAAAGUGAUUGGACAUAGCAUGGGCGAAUUGGGAUGCGCAUACGUGGAUGGUUGCCUCACAGCCGAGGAAAUGAUAUUGUUGGCUUACAAUCGAGGUUUGGUUUCCACACAGUUUUCAUUUAUCCGUGGCUCUAUGGCUGCCGUGGGCAUGGGAUGUAAAAAUGUAUCUAAGAUUUGCCCAGAGGAAAUAGAAGUAGCUUGUCAUAAUAGUGCUGACUCAUGCACCAUAUCGGGUCCAGAAAAUUCUGUAAAAGACUUCGUGGAAUUGUUGAAACAACAAGGUGUAUUUGCUAAAGAAGUACAAAGCUCCAACAUAGCUUACCACUCGCGUUAUAUUGCAGAAGCAGGUCCCGAAUUCCUCAAAUUAUCUCAGCAAGUAGUGAAAGAGCCAAAGAUGAGGAGCCCCAAAUGGUUGUCCACUUCUGUGCCCGAGGACCAGUGGGACGAGCCUCAUGCCAAGUAUUCAUCCGCUGAGUACCACACAAACAAUUUAGUGAGUAAAGUCCUUUUCGAGGAGGUACUGCAACAUGUGCCAAGAAAUGCUGUGCUGGUAGAGAUAGCACCCCAUGGUCUACUUCAGGGGAUCUUGAAAAAAGCUGUGUCUUCAAACUGCAAGCACGUUACACUGACACGACGAGGAGAAGAAGAUGGUGCACUUUUUCUAUUGAAAGCCUUAGGGAAUAUAUAUAUGGGAGGAUAUGACAUAGAUAUCAGUGCUUUAUACCCAAAAAUUGAAUUCCCAGUAUCGACGGCGACUCCGCCCCUAUCACAUUUGGUGGAAUGGGUGCACGAAGAAAAAUGGAACAUAUCUAAAUUCAAAAACACAAAUCGAUCCCACUGUUCUAUAUUGAAACUUCUGGUCGCCAUAGAGGACUAUGAAUACAAAUACUUAGAUGGACAUUAUAUUGAUGGUAUCAGAGUAUUUCCAUACGCUGCAGUAUUGGUAGCAGUGUGGGACACAAUUGCCAUGUCUGCAGGGCACAAAGUUCGGGAAGUUUCCAUUCAGUUAUCAGACGUGAAGUUUUACUCACAACCUCCGGUAUACGAUCAGCGAGUGCUGCUACUGACUGUCAUGGUUCAACAAAAUGGCAAUUUUGAGGUAAUUUAUGACAAAGAAACAAUUAUCGAAGGCUGGGCUGUUAUUCUUGAUGACAAAGAAUGUGCUAUGCAAUUUGUGGAAAUAGACGAGCAAAACAUGGACCCACAAGAAUCCUUAAAUAAAGACGAUAUUUACAAAAUAUUUUACGAAAAUGGAUUUGAAUACAGAGAUGACUUCCAAAGCCUCCACUCAAUUGACUUUUCCAUGACGCAAGCGCGAGUACACUGGCGAGAUAACUGGGUGACAUUCAUAGAUGGAAUACUUCAAAUGUGUACCAUAAAAAACUUCGAUAAGCAGGCUAGAUGUGAAAUUAACUUCAUCAAGAAGAUGGUCGUGGAUAUCAAGCAGCACCUGAACAAGAGGACAAAAUUCAUCGAUUCCUACGACAAUACAUUUAUAGCAAGCUUAUCAGAUAUAUACAAAAGUAUAAGAUGCGGUGGUGUUGCCAUUGAAAACAUAUUUUAUAGAUAUAAACCACAACAGCUACAUCAAGCACUUACAUUGCAGUCUCAAAAAUUUCAAGCCUUUUUUGAAAAUGAUAAUAAUUUUGAUGUUAUAUCUUCCAUUCUAGUUCUUCUACAAGUUGUAUCAGAAAAUGUUAAUAGAAAUCAUUUAACUUUACAAAUUGUAAAUUGCCCAAAAAAUCCAAACAUGCAUGAUUUCAUCAAUGUAGUUAAGUCAACAUUAGAAAAUCAACAGAUAAUUAAAGCACAGGUUGUAAUAAGUAAUGUAGAAGAUAUAUUACAAUCUAAUAAUGAUAAUAUUAAACCUGACGUUGUCGUUUUGCAUAAUUUACUAACUGAUAGCAAGGUCUUUGAAGCUCUGUUUAGAUCAACACUAGCUAAUACUUUCUUCUUAUGCAUUGGGGAAGAAUUCAAGACAUUGAUUCCGAUAGGAUUUCAUAAAGUUGUCUGUUCUUUUGGUUCUGGAAAAUCCAAAAUAGAAUUAGUUGUUCUUAAACCAAAGCCAAAACCGCUCCGCACGACAGCAGUGACUGUGUCAUCUAUCACAAAUGUACACCAGAUAAACAAAUUAUGCCAAAACUUGCCAGAUCAGCAAAAAAUAAUGAUACUAUCUCCGCAUCCGGCGCCGGUCGAAGCAGAAGUUGCAAUGAAAAAUAUUAGAUUGAACAAUAAAGAUGUUUCCUUAGUGAUGUUCGAUCAGAGGGACAUGAUGAGUAAAGAGUUGGAAAACAUUCCGGAUGUGCCGAUAUGCAUACUACAGAAUGGAGUUUGGGGUAAUGAUUAUUAUGUUCCAACUAAAUGUGAGAGCAGAGCAAAUAAUAACUGUGAAUUGAGAUGCACCCAACCUGGUGUAGUAGACUCUUUAAAGUGGGUUGAAGUCCAAAAACCGUCUGGACCUGGCAUAGAAGUAACCGUACAAUAUGCUGGUAUCAAUAUGAAAGAUGCGAAGUCAGUGAUGGUUGAGCGGCCCAACGUUUCAGCGGAUGAUGGUUUUGGUAUGGAUUUCAGCGGAUUUACGACCAGGGGUGAUCGCGUGAUGGGUCUGACAGAUGGCAGGUCUGCUAGCAGCAAGGUGCGCGCACGCCCGGAGCUGCUGUGGCCGGUGCCGCCCCACUGGACCAUGGAAGACGCUGCCACAGUACCCCUCCCAUACGCACACGCUUUUUACUGCAUGAUGAUCAAAUUUGAACUUAAGAAGGGUAUGAGUGUACUCGUUCAUGGUGGCGCUGGAGCGUUUGGUCAAGCCGCCAUUUCCAUCGCACUAGCCUGUGACUGUACAGUAUUUACCACCGUCAGUGAUCAAAAGAAGAAACUCUUUCUUAAGAAACUCUUUCCAAACUUGAGAGAUGAUCACAUCGGCAACUCUAGAGAUUGCAGUUUCGCCGACAUUAUAAAGAAUAAAUUAAGAAAUUCUGAGCAGGGCGGCUGCGAUCUUGUUUGUGGUUAUACUAAAGGAGACCUUAAAAACCUGUCCCUGAGAUGCUGUGGUUCUAAUGGGUUCACGAUUGACAUAGCACAGUUGAAAGAGCAAGAAUAUUUUCAUAUUGGGCUUAUACCACCUCACGUGGAACAGGUCGUACUUAGCAGUAGACUUUUCUUCCAUAUUCAGGGAAAACAACUUGUUGGAUAUGAGGAAAAUUCAGAUGCUAAUAUGCGAAGGCAUCCGGUGCGGCUACGUGCGACCGCUGACACGAGUGACGUACGAGCCUCACGAGACGCCGCGCGCCUUCCGGCUGCUAGCGGGCAGUCGCCAUUAUGGCCGCGUGCUUCUGUCCGUGCCGCGGGCUAUUGCCAUCGCUAAAUCUAGGAUAUCUUGCACUCCUGAUCGAAAUCACCUGAUCGUAUGUGACAGCGAUGGAUUUGGUCUACAAGUCGCCGACAUUCUGGUGAACCGAGGUGCUACCAGGCUUUACCUUCAUUGCCAAAAGACACCAUAUGUGAAAUAUAAAAUAAGAAAUUGGCUGAGCAAGGGCGUUAUCGUGGAGGUCUCCACAAAAAGUAUUAUAAGCCAAGAAGAAGUUGAUGAAAUGCUUAGGGAAUGCUCGAAAACAAAUGACAUCGAGGGAGUUUAUGUGAUAGCAACGAAUCCAGAACAAAAACAGGAACUGACAGCAGUAAUAGCUAACUUGGAUUUAGUAGCUAGAAAAUUCUGUCCUAACUUAAGAUACUUUGCAAUAAUAAGCGAAGAUGACAAGCGGUGGAAACAGGUCAUCGUCAAUAGAGCAAAAGAAGGUCUACCGUCACUGUCCCUACAAAUGAAACUCCAACGGCAUGAUCCUGGUUCAAUUACAAAUCAUAAAUCGGGCAACGAUUUAGCGUGGUUUUAUGCAGCGGAAGCAGUAGAAGCAGCUCUGACCAGCGGAGAUGCCGUGGUCGUCGCAUGUGCUCAGCCUACGAUAUCGCAGAAUAUUUUAAAUGAAACUGCAAAGAUACCAGGUUUAAAUUUAUCCAAUACGGAAAUGAAGAGCACUACUUUGGAGCAGAUUGGUCUUGAUCAAGGCCGUGCUCAGGAAAUGUGCAACGUCUUCCAGCAGAAGUUCAACAUAACCAUAUCGAAAGAUGCCAUUCCACGUAUGACAAUCUCUCAAUUGGAGAAACUACAAGGACAGCAUAUUGACAUCGAGCAAGAUGUAGAAGGAUUCGCUGCAUACUUCAGUUACUUCGACUCGGAUAUUUUGGAAGCUACACGUGAGCUAGCCAUCAUGCCUACAUUUGUACACAGAAAUAAAUUGCGAGCUGAUGAGUUCGAAGUGGGGCGCGAGUACUUGUGCGUGAUCCCAGGCCUAGAAGGCCACUACGCCAGGUUCGAUACUCUCUGCAAACGUCUCAAGAUCCCUGCAGCAGUCCUGCAGCCUGAUCACCGCGACUGCACUUUGAAGGAAAUAGCACAAAGAAUAGCCAAAACAAUUAUGCAGAAACUGACCACAGAAAAGACCUUCUACUUGCUAGGGUACGACUUCGGGGUUCUCGUUGCCAUUGAAAUAGCUUCUAUUCUUGAAAGUAAUGGUUUCACCGGUACUGUGUUUAUGCUCGGUGGUACUCCACUCGACAUCUGUAACUCUUUCAAAAGCCACUGGAAAGGCACAACACCUGAGCUCCAACAAAAUGCUUUGAUCAAACACAUUUACAGCCAAGUCAUGACUUCAAAAGAUAUUUUAGAAUUCGAAAACGAGUUGGCAUCAAAAACAAAGUACAAUGACAAACUGGAAUGCCUCGUCAAAAAAUUACCGUACCCUUACCAGUUUACAAGAACGCUAAUACAAGGCCUUUGGGCAAAGAUCAAGAUACUUCAAGAAUAUGAUUUUAAACCACACUCGCUACGUUCCAAAUUAGUUUUAAUUCGAGCAAAGCUACCUUGUCCUGAAGUAGAUUCGUUAGAAAAUUUCCCGAAGGAGAUGAAGGUCCAUAAUAUUCAGGCGGUCUUAGCCCAUGCUCAGAGAGAUCUGGCUUGCUCUAACAUCAUCAAUAAACAUCUGAAUAUAGAUAUUAUAGAGGCUUAUGAAAACAGCAAUAAAUGUGAGACAGCACUCAUAAAUGAGGCAAGCUAUGAAUAAAUAGUUUGCUAAUUUGGUAUAUCGAGAAACUGGCUUCACGAACAUUGAAUGAUAUUUUUAGUAUUUUGAUUUGAAUAAAUUAAUCAGUGUGGUGUUUGUUAUAAUUAGUUUUAUUUCAAUUGAAAUGACAACAUAAAUAGGUUUCAAAAAAAAAACCUAUGUAUAAUUCCGAAAGCAGAAAGAGAUAAUAAUAUAUUUUGUAUUAAACAUCAUAAUUAAACUAAAUCAAAAUUCUCAUCCAUCCGGAUAGCGGAAGAUGUGGGUUCCAAUCCUGUUGGAAACCUGGAUAGAGUGGAUGUUUUCUAGUAUUUUUUUUAAGAUUUAAAUAUCUAACAGUUAAAAGCUUAGAAAAUAAAAAUAAAAUAAUCAAAAAUGCUACUUAAUUGUCAUUCAGUCAGCAUUGUCGCCAUUGAACUUGACUUGGAAAAACAUCGGCUACAUAAAAAAGUCUUACACGUUUCGAAACUACGGACUUAUGUAACUGAAUAGUAUUAAAUGACAAUUUAUACUUCAAAUGCAAAUCCGCCAUAAACUUAGGUAGUACGGAUGCGGAUGGUUAUAUAGCACUGAUUUUAUUUAUUUCACACCAAGACAACCAGCGAUUCCAGGCAACUUUGUAUGUUUUGAGUAUGGAGGUACGCCAAGAAGACUAAUAGCGAUAACUGCUUGCCAUCCCAUCCUUUUAAGUCUUUUGUCCACCCCCACAUUUCCAAACCUCCAGAGGUAUGUCCUCGAUUCUCGCUGGUGGAAGGCCCGUCGACACAUCUAAUAGUUGUUGCUUCAGAUUGUAUAAUGUGAACGGUGGCGCUAGGGCUCGGGUUUUAGGUCUGCUCUCCAAUCGCUACUCAGCCAUUUGGCUAAGAUCAAAGUAUAGGUCUGCUCUCCAAAAUACCUUUUUCCACCUGGGUACCACUAUAAGGUAUAUCCCCCAGGCUUGAUUCAAAUUUGCCAGUACUUUGGUAACUAGAAAAGGUGGCGGGAAUUUCCAUGCUAACAGAUAAUUCACACUGGGACGUACUAGCUAUAGGUAUAGAAUUAUUGUCAUAAGACUGCUCUCGCGAAGAGCAUUGGUGACCACACUCACCCUGCGAGGGUAAGUAAUUAUUGUAUCUUCGCAUUACGCGCUUAAUCUCGGUAAUUGUGAGAUGGAUUACCAUGCGAUGGCAAUUUGUUAUGGCUCGAACACCGAGAGGGUCCGCUUGAUUGAAGAUACAAACAUAGAUACGGUAAGUUGACUUAGAAUCCUAAAAAA